AGCGUGGGUCGAAGGUCACCACGCGUGCAAUAUAUAAAGGCGACUUCGUUCGAGGGGCGAGAGAAAAAGAAAGGGGGAGAGAUAUUUUGCGUUGUUUCGAGGGUUCCAAGCUCCCGUGGAAGGUGCAUAUCUGAUUAUCGACGCCUAAAUCGUUGGUCUUUAGAUUUACUAAAGGAAUUUUAGUUACUGAGAUCGUUGAAAAAGAGGGUAAUUUUCUUUAAGCCUUAGGUAAAAUCGUGCUAAUGGGGGAUCAUUUGAUCUUAGACGUCGAUCGCCUUAGUAUGCCUCAAAACAUCGAGGCUACACGAGCGGCCGAGGGUUCUGGUUCAUCUGAAUCCAUUGAAGGGAAAAGGGAUGAGGAAAGGUUGGUUCUUGAAGAAGAAGAGGAGCCACUUAUUCAGACGUUGGAGUGUCGCAUUUGCCAGGAAGAGGAUCACAUCAAGAACCUUGAGAGCCCUUGCGCUUGCAGUGGCAGCCUGAAGUAUGCUCAUAGGUCUUGCGUGCAGCGGUGGUGCAAUGAGAAAGGAGACAUAACCUGCGAAAUCUGUCAUGAGCCAUACAAGCCUGGUUAUACUGCACCUCCUCGUGCCAAUCCUGAUGACACCGCUAUCGAUGUAAGCGGUGGUUGGACUGUCAAUGGUACUCUGGAUCUGCAUGAUCCUAGGAUCCUUGCAAUGGCGGCAGCACAACACCAAUUCCUCGAAGCCGAAUAUGAUGAUUAUGCUGCUACAAAUGCCAGUGGUGCUGCCUUUUGUCGCUCUGCUGCUUUAAUUUUCAUAGCGCUUCUGCUGCUCAGGCAUGCGUUGGUCUUCACUAGUGGUGAUGAAGAGGAUGAUGUUUCUGUAAUUUUUUCACUCUUUCUACUGCGAGUUGCUGGAUUUUUGCUUCCAUGCUACAUCAUGGCUUGGGUCAUUAGUAUCCUGCAGCGCCGAAGACAAAGACAGGAAGCAGCGGAAGUAGCGGCACGUGAGGUGGCUUACAUUCUACAAGCGGGACAAGCGAGGGGACUGCAGAUAACAAUAGCACCACCAGAGUCUCCUACUGCACCCCAGCAAGAUCCUCACCAAUAGUCGAAUCUGUGAAUCUGCGCGGCCUCGGCACGAGUUUUUCACUUCUAAAUAAAUGGAAUGCCUAGAUGGAUAAUCCUGCUACCUCACGCAGAUUUUUACACCCUCUUCUAAGCUUGGCUACUAGGCCGCAGCUUGACGUGUAUAGUUCAAAAUUUUUUAAGUGUUUUUUUUGUGAAUAUGGAUAAUCCUUUAAGCAGAAAAAUAGGUAAUUAAUAAUGCUACAGUGCAAGAAUUGUUUCUGUGACGUAUUAGUAAGAGUGCUGGAGAAGUACCUGUUAAAUGUAUGCUUCCGCAGCCAUUUAGGCAGACAAAUGUAUUUUUUUCACAACAUAAAUUUACAUUUUGAUUUUAUAGAAAUAUAAA